AGGUGGACGAGCUACAUUCGGACCGCCCCGGCGCUGAUGUGUAGCAGAGUAGUGUGUGUACUGAUAGUAUAGGAUACUCGGUGUCGUACUGGAUACUCCGUAUAGUACUAGUUACUCCGUGUAGUACUGGAUACUCCGUGUAGUACUGGAUUCUCAGUGUAGGACACACUCUGAUACCAGCGGAACAAGUACUGCUGGUCAUGUCUAAAGAGAGAGGGGAGCAGUGAGCUGACCAGGUGAGACCCCCUGCUGGGACCCGUCCCGGGAUCCGUCCUGGGACCUGGGAAUCGUCCUGGGAAUCUCGAGGGGAGCGGAGGACAGUCCUUCACAGCGAUAAUACGCGCAGACAUGCCGGCGGACGAUAAAGUGGCCAUCCUGAGCGAGGAUGAGGAGGAGGAGAAGAGGAAGCACGUGUCGGCCGAGUCCUUCGACGCCGCUCCCCCGCCGGACCGCCUGGACCCGCCCGCUGACCCCGCCCUCUCCCCCGCCCCCGCCCCCAGCUCCAUGAGCUGCUGCGAGCGGGCGUGCCUCGGCCUCAACAGGAAGCUGCUGGUCUCCAAGGUCUUCUACUUCUUCUUCUACGGCGCCUACGGCUCGCUGCACCCCCUGCUGGCCGUGUACUACAAGCAGCUGGGCAUGACGCCGGGCCGCAGCGGCCUGCUGGUCGGCGUGCGCUACUUCAUCGAGUUCUGCAGCGCCCCCUUCUGGGGCGUGGUGGCGGACCGCUUCCACAAGGGCAAGGCCGUGCUGCUGUUCUCCGUGUUCUGCUGGCUGGUCUUCAACGCCGGCAUCGGCUUCGUCACGCCCGCCAAGAUGAGCUGCCUGGAGGAGGCGGGGCCGGCGGGCGCCGGGACCCCGGCGCCCACCAGCCCCGGCAACGCCUCGUUGCCGAGCAACAGCAGCAGCAGGCGGCGCCGUAGCUCGGACUCGGACCACCUGGCCCACCUGGCCCACCUGGCCGUGUUCCAGGGGCCCUCGGGGCCCCUGGAACACGGCCAGGGGCGCCGGAGGGUCCAGCGGAGCCCGGACCUGAACGGCACGUCCGACAACGGCACGGAGCUCGCCCUGAACAGCAGCAGCACCACCGCCUCCUCUGUCACCACCCCGGCCCCCCGGCCCCCCGGGACCGCGGGCCCCGGGCCCCCGCCCCGCUACCUGAUCAUCUACGACGGGGAGCAGGUGGAGCGGAUCUUCCUGAUCAUCCUGCUGGUGGUGAUCUUCGGGGAGUUCUUCAGUGCGCCGGCCGUCACCAUCGUGGACACGGUGACGCUGCAGAACCUGGGCCGCGCCCGCGACCGCUACGGCCUCCAGCGCAUGUGGGGCUCGCUGGGCUGGGGCCUGGCCAUGCUAUUGGUCGGCAUCUGGAUCGACCACACCCACCUGACGGUGUCGGUGGACGGGCUGGGCUGCGAGGUGCCCGUGGUGCGCAACUACCAGAUCGCCUUCAUCAUGUUCGGCGUGCUGAUGGGGCUGGCCUUCGUCGUGGCCACGCAGUUCUACUUCGAGAAGGUGGAGCCCGGGGGGGCGGUGCCCGAGGAGGCCAGGGCGGCGGCGGCGGCGGCGGAGGAGGAGAAGGGGGCGGGGCCUGGCGGCCCGGGGGCAGAGCAGACAGAGUUCCACUACAGCGACCUGCUGCGGCUGCUCUGCAGCGUGCGCUACAGCUCGGUGCUGUUCGUGGCCUGGUUCAUGGGCUUCGGCUACGGCUUCGUGUUCACCUUCCUCUACUGGCACCUGGAGGACCUGCAGGGGACCACCACGCUGUUCGGUGUGUGCUCCGUGCUCAGCCACGUGUCGGAGCUGGCCGCCUACUUCACCAGCCACAAGUUCAUCGAGCUGGUGGGACACAUCAGGGUCCUGUACAUCGGCCUGGCGUGCAACACGGCCCGCUACCUCUACAUCUCCUACCUGGAGAACGCCUGGAUCGUCCUGCCAAUGGAGGUGCUGCAAGGAGUGACCCACGCCUCGGUGUGGGCGGCCUGUAUCUCCUUCCUGAGCGCGGCCGUGCCCCCCGCCCUGCGGACCUCGGCCCAGGGCAUCCUGCAGGGGCUGCACCUGGGGCUGGGCCGCGGCUGUGGGGCCAUGGUGGGGGGGCUGCUGGUCAACUACUUCGGCGCUGCAGAGACCUUCAGGGGGAUAGGGAUGACCUCCCUGGUCAUCCUCCUCAUCUUCGCCCUCAUCCAGUGUCUGACCAGAGAGGAGGAGAACGAGGAUAAGAUGCUGAAGGAGAACGUCCCGGUUCCGUCCAGCCCGGUUCCCAUAGCGACCAUUGACCUGGUCCAGAGCUCCUCCUCCUCCUCCUCUUCCUCCUCCGUCCUGCCCAUGAGGAAGACCAAGCACCAGGAGCAGCAGGAGGACGCCUGGCGGCCGGCCUGGGCGCUGUCGGGGGGGCCCUGGGUCAACAUGGUGUUCGCCCUGCUGCAGGUCCACCAGCUGGUGGCGCUGGACCCGGGGGGCCGCGAGACCACGCCCCUACAGGUGUGUAGCGACGGCCCGUCACCGGACUACCAGGCUGUGGUCGUCUGUAACGGGAGCCAGGCGGACCCCGCCCCCUCGGACGACCCCCCCUCGGACGACCCCCCCUCGGACGACCCCCCCUCGGACCCUCCUGCAGAACGCCCUGUCCCACCAACCGAUGGCCCCGCCCCUCCACACACUGGCCCCGCCCCUUCACCUGAAGACCCUGCCCAUUAACACACAGGCUCCGCCCCUUCAUCUGAGGGCCACACCCAUUCACACGCGGGCCCCGCUUCAAUUGACAUCCCUGAAUGACCACGCCCCUUCUCCUGGUGACUCCGCCCCUUCUCCAGGUGACUCCGCUCCUUCUACUGGUGACUCCGCCCCUUCUCCUGAUGACUCCGCCCCUUCUCCUGAUGACUCCGCCCCUUCCAGUGAAUCCGCCCCUUCUCCGGGUGACUCCGCCCCUUCCCCACAAGACCCUCAAGGCGUGGCCAGCCUCACCGAUCAUGGACUGUGAUUCUAGUAUUACUAAUGUAUUGAUCGGCUCAGGUAGCCAAGGUGUUGACGUAUCCAUGGCAACCAAGAACAGCUCUGUGAGGACCUUAAUCCACCGACAGCUCUGACCUGUGAGGACCUUUAUCCUCUGACCUAUGAGGACCUUUAUCCUCUGACCUGUGAGGACCUUUAGCCUCUGACCUGUGAGGACCUUUAUCCUCUGACCUGUGAGGACCUUAAUCCUCUGACCUGUGAGGACCUUAAUCCUCUGACCUGUGAGGACCUUUAUCCUCUGACCUGUGAGGACCUUUAGCCUCUGACCUGUGAGGACCUUAAUCCUCUGACCCGUAUAAAAAAAGUAGUUACAAGAAUACAUAAAAUGUGCAUAUCAGCCUCGCCCUAUAGGAUAUACAGGCUAUUGCACGAAUCCGUCUUAACUCAGAAGUGAAUCUCUGGCAGCUUCUCACAGGGCUGACUAGGGCUUCAAUCAUUCUCUGACUUGUCCCGGCGCCACAUAAAGCUAAUCAUCAGCUGUCUUAAGAGCGCCUCACAGGUCGGCCCCCUAGUGGACACAAACAGGCUGGCACCAUGCCCCCUAGUGGACACAAACAGGCUGGCACCAUGCCCCCUAGUGGAAACAAACAGGCUGGCACCAUGCCCCCUAGUGGACACAAACAGGCUGGCACCAUGCCUCCUAGGGGCAGGAAGCGGCAACCUCAGUGCCUCGUUGUAUGCUACCCUGAGUCUAUGCAUACUCUUUUUCUUCUAGUUAGACCACAAUUGAGCAGUAUAUAACGGUGUUGACGGGGGGGGGGGGGGGAUCGUAGAAAAUUCUACAGACAUGUUUUUUUUAUUUUUCAUGGGCCCCCCCCCAUGGGCCCUGAUGACCUGGGUAUUUAAUUUCCUCACACACAGCAAGAGGACUGUCUGACAAAUAAAAGAUUGGGAAGUUGAUUUCCUGUCCUCAGCGUUCCUAACUAUCGUUACGUGGCUUUCCUUAGCGUUAUACCUUACGUCACCAUCAAGGCCAUACUGAGAGCACGCCUUCAGCCUUUACUGCAUCCCAGCCCUAUAUAGACAGGGCACGACCAGGUCGUCUGCAGACAUACGAUGAUUCACGCCAGUGUUGCCCCAAAGACCAUAAGGAUCUGAUAAUUCAUCCAUAUAAACAUUAAAUUAAAUGGGAGACAAAAUUCCUCCUUGCCGCAAUCCGGCAAGGAGAACACAGAAUGGAGCAGAUACAACGUUGUCCCGCUUAACCUGCAACGUUUGAUGGGCAUACCAAAACACUAACAUUCUCACAAAAGAUUUAGGGGCACCUCUAUCAACUUUACAAACAAUUGUUCAUGAUUAAUUCUAUCAAAAGCCUUUGACCUAUCAAUAGGAAUACAGAUGAAUUCAGGUUUGGGUACAUGAACACAAUCUCUUUAAGAGCAUAGAUACACCGGUCAGCUCCAUGCUUUCUAUUGAACCCAGACGGAUUGUCAGUACGGACUCUUCUAUCUUUGUUAACAGUAUGUUCUCCAGUACUUUAGGCAAGAUACUGGCUCAUGCAAUAGGUCAAUAAUUGUCAAUUCUGUUGAGCUUACUGGCCAUGUCUUUAAGCACAUGCACUAACAUAGCAGACAUAAUAGCAUUUGGCAGGACACCAUGAACCAGACAACCAUUAAAGGACAUGGAAAGCAAAGGGAAUAGUUUAUGGCUGGCAUAUUGGAGAUAUUUGAGAUUUGAGUAGUUUACUAAUAACUUGUCUGUUAGUAGUUUAGUAGUUAGCAGUUUACUACUAACAUCCCUUGUCAGAGUUGGAGUUACAUGUAGCCUCAGCCUUUUAAGGUUCCUCAGCCAGGUUCUGUAGAGCUGUAACGUUCACGUUCUGGAGGAACAUUGCCUCACAGCGCAGCGCAUUCCCAAAGUGCCUCAAUUAAAGUCUUCACAA